UAAUUCGUUCCAACAUGGAGAAAUUUCACGGCUUGCAUGCGAGCUAGCUAAGUAAAUGAACAACAUUGAGAAAGACCUUGGUGGAUUGUACUCUACAUAGGAAAUUAAGUGUACCGUAAUAUAGAUAAGAUAUCGGGAAAUAAUAUGUUUCGCUUAAGAGUAAAUAUUAUGGGAUCGUCGUCUUCACAAAAGCUGUGUAUCCUGUACCUACUACACCUGGGACAGAGAAUCCCUCGAUGUUUUCAACUGCCAUGGGUGAGACCUUACCUCAGACUAGGAACUAUCUGUAGUGUCACUGGACCUGAUUCAGCCACUCCUUGUAGUAUCUCUACCAUUGACGGUAUUGGACCCGAUUCAGCUACUCUGAAUACAUCAACCAAUGACAGUAGCCAACAGACAGCAACAACAGUCAAUAGCCCUGAGUCUGGCUCUGGCACCAGUACCUCUGACUCCCCUCCUGCCAAGGCCAAUGGCCCUCCACCGACUCCCACCCACUGCUGUAUGAGCGGUUGUCAUAACUGUGUAUGGAUCGAGCACACAGAACAGCUCCUAGCCUACUACCGUAAUGGAGGGUUGGGGAUAGAAAAGGCCCUGGCUGCUAUUGAGGAGAACGUCCCGGAUGAGAACCUAAAAGCGUUCCUAAAGAUGGAGAUCAGGAUGAUGAAGAAGUCAAGUUUUUAAGUAUGGCUUUGUGCGGCAGUGAGUGAGAGGGAAUGGAGACAUUGAGGGCAUUUUUAUACUGUAUGCACUUUAAAAUCACUCCCUCAGAUUUGAAUACUGGUGUGAAUUUUAUCGUAUGAGUUUGUCAAACUGUCAUUUUACUUGUUCAAGGACACUUAACUAGCUUUUGUCAUUAUAAAAUAUUCUUACUUACUAUAGAUUAGGUAUUUUACAUGAGUAGCAUAAAUCAUGUAUUAUCAUUUUAUGUACAGUUGAAGUCGGAAGUUUACAUACACCUUAGCCAAAUACAUUUAAACUCAGUUUUUCACAAUUCCUGACAUUUUAAUCCUAGUAAAAAUUCCCUGUCUUAGGUCAGUCAGGAUCACUACUUUAUUUUAAGAAUGUGAAAUGUCAGAAUAAUAGUAGAAAGAAUGUUUUAUUUCUUUCAUCACAUUCCCAGUGGGUGAGAAGUUUACAUACACUCAAUUAGUAUUUGGUAGCAUUGCCUUUAAAUUGUUUAACCUGGGACAAAUGUUUCGGGUAGCCUUCCACAAGCUUGACACAAUAAGUUGGUUGAAUUUUGGCCCAUUCCUCCUCAUAGAGCUCGUGUAACUGAGUCAGGUUUGUAGGCCUCCUUGCUCGCUUUUUCAGUUCUGUCCACAAAUUUUCUAUGGGGUUGAGGUCAGGGCUUUGUGAUGGCCACUCCAAUACCUUGACUUUGUUGUCCUUUAAGCCAUUUUACCACAACUUUGGAAGUAUGCUUGGGGUCAUUGUCCAUUUGUAAGACCCAUUUGCGACCAAGAUUUAACUUCCUGACUAAUGUCUUGAUGUUGCUUCAAUAUAUCCACAUAAUUUUCCUCCUGAUGAUGCCAUCUAUUUUGUGAAGUGCACCAGUCCCUCCUGCAGCAAAGCACCCCCCCCCCCCCCCCCCCUCCCCAAAUGAUGCUUCCACCCCCGUGCUUCACGGUUGGGAUGGUGUUCUUUGGCUUGCAAGCCUCCCCCUUUUUUCUCCAAACAUAACAAUGGUCAUUAUGGCCAAACAGUUCUUUUUUUUUUCAUCAUACCAGAGGACAUUUCUCCAAAAAGUACGAUCUUUGUCCCCAUGUGCAGUUGCAAACUGUAGUCUGGCUUUUUUUAUGGCAGUUUUGGAGCAGUGGCUUCUUCCUUGCUGAGUGGCCUUUCAGGUUAUGUCGAUAUGGGACUCGUUUUACUGUGAAUAUAGAUACCUUUGUACCUGUUUCCUCUUCUCAAGGUCCUUUGCUGUUGUUCUGGGUUUGAUUUGCACUUUUCGCACCAAAGUACGUUCAUCUCCAGGAGACAGAACGUGUCUCCUUCCUGAGCGGUAUGGCGGCUGCGUGGUCCCAUGGUGUUUAUACUUGCGUACUAUUGUUUGUACAGAUGAACGUGGUACCUUCAGGCGUUUGGAAAUUGCUACCAAGGAUGAACCAGACUUGUGGAGGUCUACACAUUUUUUUCUGAGGUCUUAGCUGAUUUCUUUUGAUUUUCCCAUGAUGUCAAGCAAAGAGACACUGAGUUUAAAGGUAGGCCUUGAAAUACAUCCACAGGUACACCUCCAAUUGACUCAAAUGAUGUCAAUUAGCCUAGCAGAAGCUUCUAAAGCCAUGACAUCAUUUUCUGGAAUUUUCCAAGCUGUUUAAAGGCACAGUCAACUUAGUGUAUGUAAACUUCUGACCCACUGGAAUUGUGAUACAGUGAAUUAUAAGUGAAAUAAUCCGUCUGUAAACAAUUGUUUGAAAAAUGACUCGUGUCAUACACAAAGUAGAUGUCCUAACCAAUUUACCAAAACUAUAGUUUGUUAACAAGACAUUUGUGGAGUGGUUGAAAAAUGUAAUCUUCUGACUUCAACGGUAGCCUCGCUACUGUCAUUUUACUGUUUUAAUUUUCUUAUUUAUUUACUUAUCUAUUGUUUACCUCAUACCUAUUUUAUAUUUAUAAAUUGCACUGUUGGUUAGGGUUUGUAAGUGCAUUCGGUGCACGUGACAAACUUUGGUUUGAUAGUGAUUUGAUAGUUAGCUGAGACUUCAAAUUCAAUACGCACAAUUAUAAUUGAUGGAUUAACAUUUUGACAUGUUUGAGGUAUAUGGACUGAAUACAUUUUCAUAUUGGUUGAUGUAUUAUCUAAAUUAUAAGUAUGUUGAUGAUGGACAACAUAUGUGUGAAAUAAAUAUUGUACUUGUGUGACUGAA